CAAGAUUCGGUUAGAAACAUUUACAUAUGAUAAGUCUGUAGAGCAUAUGGACUAUAGGAAGGUUCUUAUAGAUUCUAUAAAUAAUGACUUUCCUAAAAAAAGAACAACUUCUAAAGGCAAAACUGUCGGAAAUGUAUAUGAUUACCUAGAACGUGAAAUUUGCAAGCCUGAAGAAAAAUCUGAAAAGACUACGUGUCAAGUAAGAUUCGAAGAAGACAUAUCUCAUAAGGAUAAUGUUGUUGAUAAUAUUGGCAAGAAAGAUUCGAUAAUAACAUAG